CGAGCACCUUAUACGUACGGACGUGCGUUGCGCUGAUGCUUAAACGGCGAUUGGGCGAACAGGCGACGAGCAACGAUGGCAAGGUUCUGCCAAGAGUCCUCCCCAGUGAGAACGCCAGCAUUCGGAGCAACGAAAUUAUCCGCGACAGAGAUGAUUACUACUUGGGCCAGAGUGGUUACUUACGCGACAGCAAUUCGAUGCUGACUUACCCAACCAUCGAGUCGAGCAAAUCGUCACCAGACUCAUCGUGGAACGGAGGACACCGGAGAAGCAAAAGGGGAGUGACGCAUUUGUACAACAUGAUCGUUUGCACUACUGGCUGCAAUCCCUUGGCGUACAAAGGAUACGGUUGUUAUUGUGGCUUUUUGGGCUCCGGUUACCCAAUGGACGGCAUAGAUAGGUCUGUUCUCCGAUCGAUUCUUCAUCGCGCCAUCGAAAAACUAUUGAUUGCCGCUUUUCCCUCGCUUUCUGUUCGAAGGUGUUGCAAAAUGCACGACUGGUGCUACAACGUGGCCGAGUGUCCGAUGUUCGUCGAGUACUUCGUUCCCUAUCAUUGGAAAUGCUAUCGCGGUUACAAGCCUAUAUGUGCAAUCGAGCACGGCGAGUGGGGAGGUUCAGGCUCGUGCGCUCAGAGGCUUUGCGAAUGCGAUCGAGCUUUCGCGGAAUGCCUGCGCAGGUAUCGAUGCCCAAGGCACAAAGCAGUUUGCACGUCAUCGCCCUGGCGACUCAUACAGAAUCUCUUUAUGAUUGUAUAA